AUGGGGAACUGACAAAAUACCUGCUGAGGAGAAAACGGAGAGGUCAACCUGGAAGACGAAGAAUUCAAUGAAGAAAGCGAGCAAAGAAAUAAAAAAGUCAAGCCUAAGAAAGGUGCAGGCAAAGAGGAUCUGAUCAAGAAAAACAUGGGCAAGAUCAUUAAGCUCCAGGCUCUCUGGAGAGGCAAUAUAGCUAGGAAUAAAUAUAUGCACAUGAAGUUGUCUAAUAGGGGCACUAGUAGGUACUUCACCUCUGAAGAAGCUAACGAGACUGUGGCCAAAGGAAAGACACAUGACACUGACAUGGACAGAAUCACCAAGAAACAUACUUAUAAAACCGGUGCUGUGUAUAAUGGAGAAUGGAAAGGCGGCUUCAGAGAUGGCCAUGGAGUCCAGAAAUGGCCUGAUAAAGCCAAAUACGAAGGAUCUUGGAGGUAUAACAGAGCCCACGGCAAGGGAAAAUUCACCCAUGUAGAUGGAGAUGUGUACGAUGGAGACUGGGCUUAUGAUAAAGCCAAUGGAUUCGGAGUCUACACUCAUAAUAACGGUGCCACUUAUGAAGGAAUGUGGAGGGAUGACCUCCAGCACGGAAAAGGUGUCGAACGCUGGAAAGAUGGCUCAGAGUACGAAGGAGCAUACAGAAAAGGCAAAAAACAUGGCUAUGGAGUGUACAAAUGGGCUGAUGGAAGUCAGUUUGAAGGACAAUGGGCUGAGAAUAAGAUCUCAGGACUCGGAAUUUACUCCUGGCUUGACGGUAGAAAGUACCGUGGAGAAUGGAGAAAUAACAACAUGGAAGGCUAUGGCUUCUAUAUUUGGAAAGACGGUAGAAAAUAUGAAGGCCAAUAUAAAGAAGAUAAAAAGCAUGGCUUUGGAAUUUAUAAAUGGGCCGACGGCAGAAAAUAUGAAGGAUUCUGGUCAUUCGGAAAACAACAUGGACUUGGACGUUAUGUCGUACCAAAAGAGAGCGUAGAGAAGUAUGGACUAUGGGAAGACGGCAAAAGAAUUGAAUGGUUCGACGAAGAUGCUGUGAGAGAUAUUAAUAGCGGUGACACUUCUUGGAAAGAGCACUUUAAGAAGCCAGAUUCUGUUAAUUAUGUUGAAAAAGGAGCUGAUUUCACCAAGCCUAAAGGCUUUGAUAUGAGACUGAUAGAAGUAAGCGAGAGGCUUGGCAAGAUCGACAAAAAUUAA